AUACAUAGUGAAAUCAACCAAAAUAUCAGUCAUUUUUCUAACUAAAAACCAACAUAUAAAAAUAUCGCUGUGCCAAAAAGAUUUUUCUAUAAAAUGUUGCAUUAUUUACAUAAUAAACUUUCUUACAUAUUUAGUAUACACAAUUUACAUACUUACAACCUUACAAAUUUGAACAAAAUGUAGUUUAACGUUGCCAAAACUCUAUACAAACAAAUUUACACUUACAAAAAAAACAAAUCUUGCAACUGGCAUUCUAUAACCACAUCAAAACAAAAAAGUUUACACAGUUAAAAAAAUCCAAAUUUAAAAACCGAACCGUUUAAAAUUGGAACGCGUCAUGAAGCUGUCAGUGAGUGCGUACCGCGCGCACGCGUCGGCCCACAAGAAGAUCCUGACGUCGUCGUACCAGCAGCACUACGGGAGCACCGCGGCGCAGGUCAUCAACCCCAUACAGCCGACCGCCUUCGUGCCCUCACAGGCCGAGGAAGGGAACAGCCGCGCGUCAGAGGAGGACAACGAUGGCAGCGACCAGAACAUAUCAUCGCGGGUGCUGUCUGCAGCGACAUCUAGGGAGGAAGAUGAAGACUCAAGCAACAACGCCAGUAGUGAGAGCAAGAGUCCUGGACAAAGAUUACUGAGCAAGCUAUCUCCGUUCACUAGUAAUGCGAAGCCGAUAGAAGAUAUAACCAAAUCAAAUCAGCGUUGGAUGAAACUGCGGACGACGGUGCAACUGAGCUCCGCAAUACAGAAAAAACCUCCUUUGAAAAGAGAAGACUCGUUUCUGAAAAGGUUUUCAACGCGACAGAUACCUGAGACCCAGGAAACGGUAGAAGACACAGGCUCCGAGGGCGCGGCGGGAGAGCCGCGACACCCGCGCGCGCGCCGCCGCCGCCUGCGCGCGCCGCGCUCCGUGGUCAACCCCGACGAGAACUUCUACUUCUACUGGCUGUGGCUGAUCACCCUGUGCGUGCUGUACAACCUGUGGACCCUCAUCGUGAGGCAGAGCUUCCCGGAGCUGCAGAUAAUGGCGCACUACUUCUGGGUGACGUGCGACGGGCUGAGCGACGCCGUGUUCGCGCUCGACCUGGUCGUGCAGCUGCGGACCGGGUACCUGGAGCAGGGGCUCAUGGUAUACGACUCCAAGAAGCUGUCCCUGCACUACCUGCGCUCGCGCUCGUUCCUGCUGGACCUGGGCGCGCUGCUGCCGCUGGACCUGCUGCAGCUGUGGCUCGGCACCAACCCGCUCAUCCGCUUCCCCCGGUUCCUCAAGGUGUACCGCGCCGUGCACUGCUACUACAUCGUAGAGUCGCGCACGGUGUACCCCAACUUCUGGCGCGUCAUCAACCUCAUCCACAUCCUGCUCAUCCUGGCGCACUGGUUCGGCUGCUUCUACUUCCUGCUGUCCGAGGCCGAGGGGUUUCAGGGCGACUGGGUGUACCCGCACCGGCCUGGGGACUACGCCACGCUCACGAGGAAGUACCUGGGCUCGCUGUACUGGUCCACGCUGACGCUCACCACCAUCGGGGACCUGCCCACGCCGGAGACCAACGCCGAAACGCUUGGGGGCCCCAAAUUUCUGCCGCGCCGCGGGCUCAAGUCCCGACUGUUGCAGUUCAAGUCGAACAAAGGAUAUGUGUUCACGAUAGUGUCGUACCUGAUCGGGGUGUUCAUAUUCGCGACCAUCGUGGGGCAGGUGGGCAACGUCAUCACCAACCGGAACGCCAACCGGCUCGAGUUCGAGAGGCUCCUGGAUGGGGCUAAGACCUACAUGCGACAUCAUAAGGUCCCCGGCGGCAUGAAGCGGCGCGUGCUGCGCUGGUACGACUACUCGUGGUCGCGCGGGCGCAUCCAGGGCGGCGGCGACAUCAACACGGCGCUCGGCCUCCUCCCAGACAAGCUGAAGACAGAGCUGGCGCUGCACGUCAACCUCAGUGUGCUGAAGAAGGUGACGAUCUUCCAGGAGUGCCAGCCGGAGUUCCUGCACGACCUGGUGCUGAAGAUGAAGGCAUACAUCUUCACGCCCGGAGACUCCAUCUGCAGGAAAGGCGAGGUGGCGCGCGAGAUGUUCAUCAUCGCGGACGGCAUCCUGGAGGUGAUCUCGGAGACGGGCCGCGUGCUCACCACCAUGAAGGCCGGCGACUUCUUCGGAGAGAUCGGGAUACUCAACCUGGACGGGCUCAACAAGCGCACAGCAGACGUGCGCUCGGUGGGCUACUCGGAGCUGUUCUCCCUCUCGCGCGAGGACGUGCUGGCCGCCAUGAAGGACUACCCGGAGGCGCAGGACAUCCUGCAGACCCUCGGCCGGAAGAGGCUGCAGGAGGCCAAGAGCAUGUCGCGGCGGGAUCGAGGUGAACCAAGUCCAGAGAAGACGGGUGAUGACAGCGCCCCAAAGCGAAUAGUGCACAAGCUCCGGAGUGAUGUUAAGGGCAUCCGCAACGCGAUCCGCAGCCGCUCGCGCGCCGGCCGCCGCUCCGGGGAAUCCCUGGAGCUGACGGCCCUCGCCGGGGCCGAGCGAGCCUCCUCCGGCGACGGCAAGAUGCUGCGCCGCAUGCCCCGCGUCGAGAGCGACGACUCGCAACAUCAUAUGGAUAAUGGAGAAACGACAUCGGGGAGUAAAGAAGAAAAGUGUGUAUCGCCUAUAGGAGCUGGACUGCCAUUGCUUUCCAGAUUAAAAUUGCUGAAAGAAAAACAGGACCGUGAGGAAAAAGCGGCAAAGCAAAGGCACUCAGCGUCAUCACUAGUGUCGCCACCUCCGACGCAGCCCACCCCCUCCACCAGCUCGGCUCCGGACGGAGAGGCCGAAGUGAUCGGCGCCGGGUUGCCUCUACUCCAAAGACUUCUCCUACUCAAGGCUAAAGAAGAACGAGAAAAACAUCAGCUGACACCCACUAACAGCAAUCUACCAUCCAGUUCAGACACCAUUAGCCCCAGCUCAAUCAAAAGCCCACUCAGUCCAACAAUCAAAACCUUAAGUCCAAUCAGAAAAAGCUCAGAAUCCAGCUCCCCUGGAAAACUUCAAAGUCCAACCACAAAAACAUCAAGAAAAAAUUCGUCCGGCUCCAGCGAUGGAGCUUCAAGACCUAAAGUUAGUUUUAGAGAUAAGAUAUUACAAGUGCAAAGUGAUGGGACAUCUGUGUCUCAACCACUACAUAAAGAUUUAGAAAAGCCAGCGGCAGUUGUCGAGCCGACUCCAAAAACAGAAAACAAUUUAAUUUCAAUUCCACACUCCGUGGUUAGUAAAAUAAAGUCACCGGCUAAAGCAGUCGGUACUUCAUUUAGAGAUAAACUAAAAAUGUUGCAAAGCGCUUCUCCCAAAGAAGCUGAUACUGGAUCAAUAGAAAAGCAAUCAAGUAAAAAUAUAGAAAAACCUAAAGCACCAUCAAUAGAAAAAACUACGGCAGAAAUUACCCCUUUACCACCGCCUGAAACGAAAGAAGAUUCAAAACCAAAGAAACCUUGGACAAAGUUAAAGAAGGCUGCAAUAUUAAGUGAAUCUAAAAGUCAAAGUAAAUCAAGUUUAGAUGAUAAUAGUAAUGGGACGAAAGAAGAUGUAAAGAGUGAACCACCUGUAAAUAUUAGUGUACCUAUAGUAACUACCGGGGAGCUUGUUAAAAUAGACAAUAAUAAUAUUGAGUUACAUAGAGAUAGUGCUAAGCAAGAUAAUCCUAAAAUAUGCUUAACAGGCCCUUUGGAACCCGUCCAAGACAAACCCUUAGACUUACUAAGUUUAUCUCCGAAAAGAAGUAGCGUUACAAAAUCUCCAGAUUCUAAAACAACACCUGGUACACUGCUUCCUAAAGAAAAGAGCUAUCAAUCUAUUGACGACCUCUCACCUGAGUAUGGUGGACUACCAUUUGUUAAGAAACUAAAAAUAUUGAAUGAGAGACAAAAACUAGCAGAACUCGAAAAAGUUGUAAAAAUUCGAAGUUCUAGCCUCGACUGCACGAGCUCUUCAGAAGAUUUACUUUACGAUACGUUAACUAGGAGCCACUCAGAAGGUAGCACGAUGGACAAACGGAAAUUCAAAAGAAAAUCAACAGAUUCGGCUUGUAGUCAUGAAUCGAAUGAAACACUUGAAAGGCGUACUCUUAAGUCUAUAUUAAAGAAAUUAACUGAAGAAGUAACUCCAGCUCCUAGUAGUCCUAGUCCAGAAAGAACUAAUGAAUUGAAAAGAUUAAUAAGAGCACCAACGUUAGAAGGCUACGCAGCAAGACACUCCAAGUUUGCUAAAAGUGUCACAUUUCAUAGACAUACCCUGCCGUCGCCUCCCGCCAGUGCUCCCGUCGAUAUAAAACCUGGAAUAUUCCAAAUGCCGGAGGUGAUCCCUGGUUCAGCUCCAGAAAUCACACAGUUAACAGAUCCCACGGAAAUUUCUGAACCCCCACCAGCUCAAAUUAGUGAAGUCGUUCCUCAAAACGAAACUGUGACAAAAACAGAAAUUGAAAUACGUCCGGACUAUGAACUGCAACACAGUAUAGAUCCCAAAUAUCAGUUGUAUCAACUUAGACCUGAAGAAAUUCGAGUGCCUCCAGAGAAACCGAAGCUAACUUUGAUAUCAGCUGUUGCCAAUCAAAAGAAAUUAUUACGAGGCUCUUUAGAAGAACAAGAAUAUUUUGGAGAAGUUUUACUGGGUAUCAAACAAGUUAUACAAGGCCACUUACACGACGUCCAAGGGAAGUUUCAAGAAAGGUUCAAUAGUCUUGAAAACGAAGUUAAAAAACGUGAUGAAAUCAUAUCGCAGCUUCAGAAAAGAAUACAAGAAUUAGAACGAUUAGGACUUUCUGGACUAAGCCCCGGGACUCCUCAGGGAGAGACCGAAAAUCUGCCUCCAAGUGACGCAAACGUCCAUGAACAAAUGAAGAAGAACGGUAGCUCUGGCAGCGAUAUGUCAGGAACUGACGAGGGCUUCAUGAGAGGAGACUCGUUAGACACAGUAUUUGCAACAUCGCCCCCCACCGUCAGCGCUGAAGACUCCCUAGACAAGGAACAAGGACAUGAAAAACUGACUUCAACCACAUCGCCUAUGAGUAUUGUUUCUGAUGAUAUAUCCGAGGAAAAAUUGGCUGAAAUCACAGAAGGAAUAGAGCUAGAAAAGCUAUCGUACUCCGAAUUACAAAGUUUAGCUGAUUCAAUAGCGAGUAGGAGUGACAAAACAUCUUCGAGCAGGGAAGAGUGGACUAUCAGUAAGUCGAAGCGGCUGGACCUCAACCUCGACGGCAAAGCUGGGACGUAUUCGAGGAAGAAGGCAGCGAAGCUCAGGCAAAGGAAAUCCUGGGAGGAUCAGAGCGACCAGGAAAACUUGGAGCUACACGAUUUGACACGGCCCAUGUCUCCGCACACAACUUCCGAGGACCGCUCACUACUCAGCCCAGAGCAGUCGAGCCUGCGCGCGAGCCGCCGCGGCCUGCACCCCUUCCACUUCUUCGGCACCCACCUGGACAGCACCAAGACCAAGAUCAAGAAGACGCUGUCCGUGGACACCGGCAUGCACCACACGGGACGGAAGGACAAGAAGGAGUCGGGCCGGCGGCAGCACCGCAAGUUCAGUCUGGGCUCGUUCUUCAACUACUCCCGCGCGGCGCACAAGCGGCCCUCCAACUGCAACGAUGUAGUCCUCGACAUGGGCAGCGACUACAGCUGGAGUGACACUUUGUCAACGUCGUCGAGCAGCGACUCGGAGUCGGUCCCGCGCACGCCGGUGUUCGAGCAGUUCGUGGAGUCCUCCGCGCGCCGCGCCCGCCUCGCCGCCGCGCACGCCAGCGCCUCGCCCAUCAGAGCUCUCCCAGGUAGUGGAGGCGACUGGGAAGUCAUGAUGCUGGCUGAAGAACUGGAGAAGCGCGAGAGAGAGAAGGAGCGAGAGGAAGCGAGACGGCUGCACUACCCCACCGCGCUGCGGGACCUUGAGGAGGAAUCCGACACUCCCCAGAGGGAGGACAGUCUGGACGAGUACUCGAAUAUAGAGGAUUCGAACUCGUCGUCGACGACGCAGCUGCUGUCGCAAUCGGUGAAUGACACGCCGCGGCAGCAGUCGCUGGAGACGUCCUUCAUCGAACAGGCGCGGGGGGCGGGGGCGGGGGCGGCGGGGGUGCGGGGGACGCGAGGGGUGGUGCUGCGCGCCGCCAGCCUCGACCGCGACUCCGCCGGACAACGAACCAAGAAGUUCGCAGCCACCAAGUCGGCCAGCAUAGACACGCAUAAAAAACUCUGAUCCGGCUCCCACAGCGGACCAAUCGGCGAUGGUCCCGCCUUUGUAAACGGAAAUCGGUCUUCCUUCACGAAUGAAAGCGGAAGGAGCGACGCGUGUUCCGGCACUUCGAAUUUAGAAUCUCAAGAUGGCGGCCAAACCGUUGCGGUCGCCGGUCAAUUAUUGAUGGUGAUCGUUAUUAUUUACGAGGAUUUUGACUGUCUCGUUUUCUUAGUUUUAGGUUAGAGAAUAUAAAUUGUGUUGUGAUGUGUUUUAUCGAAAACCAUUUCUUAUCGCUCAGUUAAAUUAUUAUGCCUUUUCAUAGUAGGUACCUACCAAAUAAAUUCGUCUAAUUUUAAUAAAUUAAAUUAAUUCCUAGUUAUUCAUUAAUAUUUUAUAUCCAAUUCCAUGUUUCUAAUCUAUCGUUACUUUAGUCUAGACUAUCGUACUAAGUAUACUCUACUUAUAUUUCUAUUUAUCUUUGUAACGUAGUGUCCUUAGCAAAGUUUAGACAUUUCU